UGAGUCACUGUGCCUCAGUUGAAGAAUGGUUAAAUAACCUCCUUACAUAACAGAGCAAACUGCAUUCAGAGCUUCAUCGAUCAUGGAGGAGGUUCUUGAACAGCUUAUUCGAGAAACUUCUUCCAACAAGUAUGGGCAGAUACGUCAGGCCUGCAUUGAAGCCAGAGAUCUGCUUGAAUCUCAGGCUGCAUUAUUGCGCUCUCCACCUCAUGAACUGCGUGCAAUAUGCUUGAAGGCAAUGCAGUUAUCUUUGGAAUCUCGACAGUCAAAACUUGUAAGCCUAGCAGUUUCUGGUUUUUCAAAGUUACUUCGAGAUACUCAGUUUCAUAGUGGGUAUGAGGAAGAUGAUGAAACAACCUGGUUGCCAUGUCAGCUUCUUGCUUCUAUCCAGAGUCUGCCCCUUCAUCCAGAAGAUGUGCAGGUGGAGCUCCUAAAGGUCUUGUUAACCAUGAGUUGCAUCACUGGUAUGACACUAUCAGGUCAGAUUGUGACACAAGUGGUUGGUGUUUGUGGUUUAGCAUAUGGUAGGGGUGGAACUGCUCUACGAACAGCAGCACAGUCAGCUGCUUCUCAGGCUAUUGCACAUUUUGUUAAACAGCUAAAUGAAGAAAGUCAAGAACAGGAGAAGCUAUUGGGUGAAAAGGGUAACAAAUGUAAAGAAGACAACAGUAAUGAUAACGAAGAGAAUGAUUAUGAGGAUCCAGAAUACAUAGCUCCUGCAUAUGAUGAAAUAGUCCCAGUCAUAAAUUUGAUUUCAGAUAAACUUACAGAUGCUAACAGACAUCCUGAGGACAAAAAAGCACUUGAGGUUCCAGUUUUAUUCCUUCUUGAAUGUACAAACACACUUCUCACCUGUCUUUCACGACCUGAGAUAUCACCCCCUCAACCACCGCACAAGGCUACAACCUCUGGUGCAUCUUUAGGACAAGUUGUGAUUGUGUGCUCGCCACCAGCUUACUGCUCAAGUCUUCUCAUUGGCGUAAUUUGGCAGCGGCUUUGUCCAUCUCUCAUUGCACUUCUUGGUUCUCCUGUCUCACACCGAUUAUCCAGACCUGUUGGCAGAGCUGAAGGGCAAAUGGGAAGAGGAACUGGAUGUAUUGCUCAUCCACGUCCAUUAUUUAACAACCAGCAAGCUCGAGCUAUUUAUAAUAUUGCUUGUAAAUUGGUUGUGACAAUGGGUGGUGUAGGUGAGAUGAGACCAGUAUUGGAAAGUUUGUUCCACCGAAUGUUGCUCUACCCUCCACCACAGUGUCGCCUGGAUGCCCUUAAAGCAGUUAAAGAGCUUGUAAGUAACCCAGCACAUCUUGUAUCCCUUGCUGGACCUAUCCUUUAUACAGACUCAAGAAAUCCUCACCAGAAUGAUCUUGCCCUGUUUAGACUUGUCAUGGAUAGUCUAACGGAAUGUGGGAACUGUAGUGAUGCUGGAAUCCAGAGGGCAGUUGUGGACUGUGUAUCUGCCCUUCUUCUAUCCUUAGAAAAAAUCUCCCUUGGAACUGCAUUAUCUUCACAGUAUAUAGAGUCUCUUAAUACCCUGUAUGCUAGGAUUGAAGAUGGAGACUAUUCAGGACCAUUAACAUAUGAAAACAAGAGUAAGUUACCCAAAUAUGAAGUUGUUGACAAUCUUAAAACAUCAUCAGAGUCAACAGCUUCAGAUACCUUGUCCCAGCAAAUGGAUGAACUAGAAUUUGAAGGUGACGAAGAUAUCAGCAGUAAAGAAGAACCAAGUGAUGAUGAGGAAAUGAAAGAUGAAGAUGAAGCAGAACCUGUCAGGAAGAAAAAAGGUAAAACUGAUGCUGGAAAAGGACAUGAAUCUGAUGCUUCAGGAGACACUGAGGGUCCAGAGGAUGAAGAAGAGGAUGAUGAGCAUGAUAGAGAAGAGAUGGAUCAGAUUGAAGAAGCAGAGCAGCAUCGAGAGGAACAGGAAGCUCUUCGAUUACAUCGUUUAAAUGAGACUUUACAAUCAACUAGCAAUUUGCGUCAUGUCAUAGAUGAGGAAGCUGAAAGAGAGUGUGCUAAUGCAAAGCACUUUUCUACAACAUUGUCUGCCCUCUUACCUUCUUUAUUGGCAAUACGUAGUACCAUUGAAGUUGACCAAGCUCUUAUAGAAUUUUCUUCAAAAUAUUGUGAAGGGGUUUUUUGUGCUACUCAUCGAGAUGAAGGCAGCCAUCUUAUCAUUAAUGCAGACGGCAUUUACAUCACAGCCUAUUCAAUGUUAUCAUUAAAUCUCCAGUUGAUAAGAGGAGGCCAUUAUUGUGAUCCAAAUUUACCCUACCCAAUAACUCAGGAGCAGUUUGUAGACAUGGUGCAUGGUAGUGGGGUUCUGGUUUAUCUGUCAUCAGCGUGGCUUGGAGAGGUUUAUCGUCAAGUCGUUAAAGACAGUCUCCUUCAAAGGGCUGGCUAUUGUCCUCACUCUCCUCAUAAUUGUGCCCUCAUCAAUUUAUUAACAGAGUUGGAGUAUGGCAUGCGAUGCUACCAUAAAUGUGACUAUGGUAAUAACUUGGACGGAUUAGGAAGCACAGAGCAGAAAAGUCAACUCUUGUCAGAUCAUAGACGUCUUGAGAAAGCUGCUUCUAAUGUUACACACCCCCCAGAUGUACUUGCUGGAAUGAAACUUAGUCGGCGUGUCGUUACCUGUUGUUGGGAGAGUGUUGUUGGAGUUUUGGGUACUGUUUUGGGUAGUGUUGGAGGAAGCGGCGGGUUGACUGCUCCUUUGCGACUUCUAAUUGGAGGGGAAGGAGUUAGAGAGGAGUCUCGUAAAUCCCAAGAAUUACUUUCUCAGUGUCUAAAUUCUCUUCAGUCAGCUGCUCGAUUAGCAAAUGUAUUGGGUUUACAAAAUAGAUGUGGGGUAGUAUUUUCAUUGUUGUCAUCUGCUUGCCUUCCAAAUGAUGAGCGUAAUCCCAUCAGUACUCCAAGACGUAGUCGUUUGAGGUCUCCCUCUAUUUCUAAAAAGCCUCAGCGUCUACACACAGCUCAUUUGCUCUCAGUUCAUGUUAUGAUGUCUUCAGGCCUAGAGCUAGGUUCUCAUGCUCCCGAUUGCUGGUCUCAUAUAUUCAAGUGCUGUGUGUACUUAGCUGAGUUAGAACACAGUUUCUUCAGUAGUAAUAGUGGAUAUCAAUCAUUCCCAACUAGACUUCCCCCUCCAGCUUUAAAUAAAGAGAAGUCUGAAGUUGGGUCACCUCCUGACAUUUUCAGCCUUGAAGAUCCAUAUCGGUUUGUAGCACCCGUGUCACCUCUGCCAGGCAGCGUUAAUGUGGAAGAACUGAUUCGAGAAAGCCAAGAUGACAUAAGCAACAGUGGUUUCUUGUCUCCAACUGAUACAGGCAAAGCAAUAUGUGCUCUGACUCAAUUAGUUGACAGGUUGUUUGAUGAUGCAGCUACAAAACUAAACAUGUCAUCAUUAGUAAGCUUUUUAACUGAACUAUGUGCAGCUUCACAAGCUCAGCUGUUUUCCCGUAUGUUGCCGCAAACUCCUCAGAAAGGACUUAUUAUAUGGCCCAAGAAAAAGAGUACAUCAGGAAAUAGUUCUGACUUACUGAGAGGGAAGGGUGGAGAUAUUCUUCUGUUACAUAGAUUAGCUGAAGUAAUGCUCAGAGCUGUCAGAUCAGGAAGACCUUUAAUUCACAUCAUGAGAGCAUGGGCAGUUGCUGGUCCUCACUUUAUGGAGGCUGCUUGCCACAAGGAUGGGGCUGUUAGCAAAAAAGCAGUUAGCGCUAUCCAUGAUGUCGUGAAUGCUUUGCUUAGCAACAAUACAGAAUUGUCGCAUUUUCACUUCAAUGAAGCUCUCUUUAAACCCUUUGAAAAUCUUCUCUGCCUUGAGCUGUGUGAUGCUGAUAUACAAGAUCAGAUUAUAAGCAGUAUUUGUGAAUUUGUGGAGAGCUGUACCCCUGAAAUUCGCUCUGGUUGGAGGCCCCUGUUUGCUGCACUAAGAUGUGUUCGCCCUCCUUCAGUUUUACCACCAGGAGCUAUUCCAGGCUCAGCCCCAGGUGUCAGUGUCAGUGGAGGUACACCAAGAGAUAGUGUUGGCCACCUACAUGUUGUGCGAGAUGUUUUUGAAGCAUUCUUAGCAACUGACAAUGUUUUGGUAUUUGCUAAUGCUGCCCUUGAUUGCAUCCUGUGUCUUUUGAAACAUGUGAAGGGAUCAGGAGAAGAAGAAACAACAGAUGAAACGGUGGUAGGUUGGGAUGAAUUAGUUGGUGGUGAUUUGUGUUUAGAUGCACUUCGAUAUCUCCAUAGAUGUGCUGCUAUACUUGCUUCCAUGUAUGAAAUGCCAGCAUGUCCGGUCUUCCAUUCUGCUCAUAGAAUUUCCCAGACAACUCAACCACAGCUAGUUGACCCUCACCUUCCUAACAUAGAUGAAGCCUUACUUUGGUCAUUGGUGGAUGAAGUGACUGGAUUAGAAGUAAAAAAAGUGUCUUAUGGUCCAUUAUGGCCUUCAAUGAAAAGUGAGGAAAGUAUCUCUCUGGCAGCUAUGGAGCAUGGCAAUAGUGGUAUUUUACAUGUAUGGUAUCUCUUGUUGGAAGGACUAGCUGGAGCUACAAUGACGUGCCCUCGACGUUAUCAACCACAUACCUUAGACACUCUCUUCUCUCUUCUUCGAAGUUUACCUGAUUCCCCAGGCCCUGUGUUUGGAAUGUACUGUGUCAAUCACCUUCUCUUGCCAUUGAUGCAAGGAUGGCUACGAAGGUCCUACAAUGUUACAUCCACAACAAAAUGGGAUUUUACAGCAUCUUUCAAACAGUAUACAGGGCUGACCUCAGACUUGGUUGUGGAAUAUUUAAUAAAGCAAGCUAAUAAAGGUGUUUUAGCUGAAAAUUCAAGUGCACUCUUGAUGUUGCAGCAGUGUCUUCUAGUUUUAGUGGAAUGUAUUACUCAUUCCAGUGAAACAAUUUCAAGACUGGGUUGUGCAUGCAUCAGACAUGUCAUCAAUAGCUGUGGAGAACACUUGCCUCCCAAAUUUUGGGAUGCAGUUGUGUGUGGUUUACAUCGCAGUUGUCAGGUAAUAUAUAUUUUUUUUCUUAACAUUUUCUUUUUCAUUAUGUUAAAAGAGUUUAAUAGCAUUAAAUUUCUUUUAAGUUAUCUCAAGAAAGCUAUGUAG